AUGGCCGAGAGUAGCACAUCUACUCCAGUUAUCCAAAACAUAGCCAAAGCAAAUGUCGCUGACCUGGAGAAACUAAAAUCUUUGCUCGCAAGUGCCGGAGCUAACACAGCUAACCUCACUUCCAACAUCCUUCUCGCAAACCAGCAGAUAUUACAGCAAGGCGUUGCGGCAGCACAAGCAGCCCAACAGCAAGCUGCCAAAUCGAACUCAGUAAAAUCACGGGGUGGUGUGUCAGAACAGCGAUACGCUGAGCUCCUGGCAGUCAUUGAGGAGCUGACCAAGGACAUUAAACCCACAUAUGCAGGGAACAGAAUGGCAGCAGAGCGUUUGAAGAAAGGUAUUGCUCUAGCCAGAACAUUAGCAAGGGAUUGCAGGGUAGAGGCAGAACGCAUCGCCUUGUCCAAUAAUUGA